AUGUUAAUACAGGAUAAUAAAAGAUAAAAUUGGUUGGUCAUAGUGAUAAUGUCAACUAAAUAUGCUUUUCUCCUGAUGGUUCUAGCAACUGGCAGUGCUGAUAACUCCAUCUGUUUAUGGGAUGUUUAGACAGGAUAUUAACUAGCUAAAUUAGAUGGUCAUUUAAAUGAUGUCAAUACAGUAUGCUUCUCUCUUGAUUGUACUAUAUUGGCCUGUGGUAGUGAAGAUAAGUUUAUCCUUGUAAGGGAUGUAAAAAAAGGUUCAUAAAUCAUAGUGAUAAUGUCAGCUAAGUAUGCUUCAUUCCUGAUGGCAACACAUCAGCAGAAGGCAAUGCUGAUAACUAUAUUCGUUUAUG